GGUUUAUUACGCAAGUCUACAUUAAACCGGAAAGAGUCCGAUAAUACCAAACAAUUGAAAUCUCUUCUCUGUCUCCCUGCCACUCAAAAUAAUCUUGAUUCCAAAACAAUGGAGGAGACGACAUGGGAACAGAGACUACAAGCGGUGACACACAUACUCACAAACCCAACAACAAAACCAUCACUUCACUCCCAAUUCUUGAUCGGAAUCCUAAUCCCAAGCUACACCUCGUGGGAUUACCCUCCGGUCUAUUCGCAGAAGCAUCUCCGUCGUCAAUGGUGGGUUUCUCAAUUCAUCAAAAGGGUAUCGAGACUCGGGCUUCCUGAUACCACCUGGAGGUCGAAUUGCCCGUAUUAUCAGCCGGCGGCGGCGGUUAUGGCGGUGGAGGAAGGGAGAUGGGGCAAAGAGGAGAGGAUAGAGUACGCGAGGAAGAGGCUGAGGAGGAAGAGAUUGGUGAACGAAGUGAAUCCUUAUAUUCCUCUUUUGGUUCCUAAUUUGCUUCUCUUUACUCUCUUGUUAUGGGAUCCUGUUCCUGAGUAAAUUGAUUUAUUAUUAUCAUCAAAUCUGUGUUCCUGUUUUUUUUUUGUAUUAAAGAAGAAGAAGAAGAGACAUAAAAACCGGUUAAUUGUUUAGUUUGAAUUGGUUCGAUGUGAUCCGGUUUGGUUUUAA